CACCCCAAUGGCUUCAGCCGUACCCUUGACAAUGAUGUGGGAGGAGGUCACGUGCUCUAUCUGCCUGGAUCCCAUGGUGGAGCCUAUGAGCAUUGAAUGUGGUCAUAGCUUCUGCCAGGAGUGCAUCUCUGAGGUCGGGAAAGAAGGGGGUAGCGUCUGUCCUGUGUGCCGGCGCCACUUCCUGCUCCAGAAUCUCCGGCCCAAUCGACAGGUAGCCAACAUGGUGGACAACCUUAGAAAAAUCAGCCAGGGUGCCAAGGAGAGCCCACACGGGGAGCUGUGUGUGGUGCACAGAGAGAAAAUUCACCUCUUCUGUGAGGAAGAUGGGAAGGCCCUUUGCUGGGUGUGUUCCCAGUCCCAGAAACACCGUGAUCAUCCCAUGGUCCCUAUUGAGGAGGCUGCUCAGGAGUACCAGGAGAAGCUUCAGGUGGCACUGAAGAAACUAAGAGAUAAGCAGGAGAUGGCUGAGAAGCUGGAAUUGGACAUUGCAAUGAAGAAAGCAUCCUGGAAGGGGAAGGUAGAGGCGCAGAAAUUAAGAAUUCAUGAAGAGUUUAUAAGGCAGAAAAACUUCCUGGCCGAAGAGGAGCAGAGGCAACUGCAGAAACUAGAGGAGGAGGAGAGGCAACAGCUGAGAACACUGGGCGACACAGAGGCCAGGCUGGCGCAGCAGAUCCAGGCCUUGCAGGAGCUGAUCGCAGAGCUGGAGAGAAGGAGGCGGGGCUCAGCGCUGGAGCUCCUACAGGAGGUGAAAAGUGUCCUGGAAAGGAGUGAAUCAUGGAACCUGAAGGAGGUGGAUGUUGCCUCCACAGACCUGAGGAAUGUAUUCUAUGUGCCCGGGGUUAAGAAGAUGCUGAGGACGUGUGGAGUACACAUCACCCUGGAUCCACAGACAGCCAAUCCAUGGCUCAUCCUUUCGAAAAAUCGGAGACAAGUGAGGCUUGCAAACACCCGGCAGGACGUGCCAGAAAAUGAGGAGAGAUUUGAUACUUACCCCAUGGUACUGGGUGCCCAGCGCUUUGACUCCGGGAAAGUUUACUGGGAGGUAGAUGUGACGGGAAAGGAAGCCUGGGACCUGGGUGUUUGUAGAGACAAUGUGAGGAGGAAGGGGCAGUUUAUGCUCAACUCUGACAAUGGCUUCUGGAUAAUCUGGCUAUGGAACAAACAAAAAUAUGAGGCUGGCACCUGCCCCCAGACUCCCCUCCACCUUCAGGUGCCUCCAAGCCGAAUUGGGAUCUUCCUAGAUUAUGAGGCCAGCACUGUCUCUUUCUACAACAUCACUGACCACGGCUCCCUCAUCUACACCUUCUCUGAAUGUGCCUUUGCUGGACCUCUGCGGCCCUUCUUCAAUCCUGGUUUCAAUGAUAGAGGAAAAAACUCAGCCCCUCUGAUCCUCUGUCCACUUUAAGACCUGCUGGUAGGGAUCUAGAUGAUUCUCUCUGGACACAAGCAACCCCUCUGUUGGUUCCACUCCUCAGCCAGUGGCCCUGUCUCAUGUGCCCAUGAACUGCAAACCACCUUCGUCUCUGCAGAUGUGUCAGGAUGCCACAGGCAAACUGGCACCAAGGUCACCCGCGGUCUAUGUCAAAUGACCUACAGCACCAGGAUUCCUGCCCUAUGUUGCUUUAUGAUUCCCUCCAUGGAACAAACUACUUGCAUUUGGCCCCCAAACUCAUCUGGAUCAACUAAAGCAUGUUUCUGCCUUCUUCAUGUGUUUUGCUUUCUCCUCUCCAUCUCCAGGCUUUUGGUCCAGUCUCUACUAUUUAUCUUGCAAAGUGAAAGUGAAGU